AUGGUGUCGUUAUUCGGGCUUCUCUUUGUCAUAUUUCUAGUACCGACAUGGAGCAACGCAUACAAAAUGGUGCUUUUCGUGCCCGAUAUGGCUAACAGUCAGGUGCUUUUUAAUGCUCGAGUAGCAGAGACGUUAGCAAAGGCAGGUAACGAUGUCACGAUGGUGAUGAUUUUGCCGUAUAAUGACAGAGACUCGAGUGACGUGAAGAUCAUGAAAGAAGUGAAAAUUCAUCGCAUCAACGCUUCAUUUGGUCUCACACGAGAAUUCCUUGAAGAGCAGCAGCAAAAAGUCAUAUUCAAGAACAAGGAGUUCCUCGAGUGGUUGACUGCUCAGAAGUUUGAUCUUGCCUUUUCUCACAUUUACGACGUCUGUCACAUUGGUCUUAUACACUACGCUAAAAUUCCUUCAUGGAUUUGGCUGAACAGUGGCAAUCUUAUGGACUUCGUGGCUCAUCACAUGGGAGUGCCGAGAAUUCCAAGCUAUAAU